AUGAACCGCAGGGUGGCCGUGGUGCUGCUGACGGGGUUGCCGGGCAGCGGAAAAACCACCCUCUGCCAGCAGCUCCUCCGACGACACCCUCGGCUCUGCAGACACGUCUGUUUCGACGACCUUCUGCACCCUGACGACCUCCAAAGGUGGAGGGCCAGCAGAGACCAGGUCCUUGGACAGGUCGAGACCGUCAUCAAAAAUUUUAUUGCGAGCGAGGACAAAGGAAGACUUGUUAUCUUGGUUGACGACAACUUUUAUUACCAGAGUAUGCGCAGGAUGUUCUUCAAAAUGGCCAGGAAACUCUCUGUCGUGACUUGUGUUCUUAUUUUAAAUUGCAAUGAAGAUCUGGCCAUAAAGAGAGUGCAAGAAAGAGCAGCUGACGGAGGACUUUUUGUCGACGAGCAGGUUAUUCGGGAAAUGUCUGCCAAAAUGGAGCCACCUGCUGAAGAUAACUGGGAGAAAUUUUACAUAACAAUUGACUCUGAAGAACCUCUUGACAUUGACAAAAUUUGGACCGAAUUAGAAAAACUAAUCGAAGCUGCAUCCGGGUGCGAAAUUUUCCACAAACCUGUUGAGAAUGUUGACGCCCAACCUCAUCAGCCUUCGGAACAACAAAACCGAGACUUGCUCUUGCGAAAAUUCAUUUCUGCCGAAAUGCAGCAGGCCCGAAAACAAGGUCUUUCACCAGCCGAGUUGUCCGAAUUGGCCAAUCGACUCAACUCCGAGCGCAAGUUGUUCCUCAAAAGCCUCAGUUUCUCCAAAGACUCGCCACUAGUGGACCAGUUUAGAAAUUAUUUGGAAAAAUCAGUUUUGUGAUUUAUUAAAAAUCCAGCAGUUGCAACUAAAUUGACUAUUUAAUGCAGUCUUUUUUUCAUUCAGUCUAUGUAAUUUUCAACGCCAUCAUUUGGAUUCUCUUUUGGUCAGGGUGCAUCUUCGGAAAGCGUGGUUGUCCUUCGGCAUCGGUCAAAUCCGAGUAGACAAGCUCGCCGAGCAGUUCGAAUCCACUUUUGAGUGCAACCUUUUGGGAUUGAACUGAGGUGAAAACCGUUUUGGUCAGGGGAAUGUCCAGCGAGCGGCAUAAAUUCAGUCUGGCCUCGAGCAACAUUUUUCCGAUGCCUUUCCCUCGCCAUUCAGAGGCCACGGACAUUCCGGCGCCGUCCAAAUAAUGGUCAGCUGCAUAUCUGCAAAAAUUUAAAUCAAACUGUCUAAAUUUAUGUUGUGCAUUCUCUAAAAUCUGGUUAUGAGUGUC